AACGUAUUGGUAGUGAUCGUUUACUAGCUGUUACUGAAUCAAGAAUUAGAAAUGAUGUAAUUUGUGCAAAUCACUUUCUUGAGAUAUGUUUUGAUGCAAGUGGAAAACUUCUUAAUAACUCUCUCCCAACGAUAAAUCUACAAGGUUUUAAAGAUGUUCCUUCCAGAGCCAAUAGUUUUAUGUUAAGAGAUUCGUCAGCUACUUCUGGAUUUCUUACCCCAAAGAUAUUAAAAGAUGCUCUUGAAGCCACAUCUUCAAAAUCUACCAUGACAGGUGAGAGUCCUGUGGGGCCAGUACAAAUACCUAGUAAAGUGUACGCUAGAAGAAGACGAUUAUUUGAAGCAUCCGAAGAAAUAUGCCAACCUCAUGUCAGCAUUGAGUGUAAAGAAACUUUACAAGAAAUUAAUCAUCACCCCCCUAAUCAGCCCUCAAAAGAUAGUGUUGAAUUUGCUGGAUCAUCACAAUAUGCUAUUGAAUCUUCAAGAUAUGGGAAGUUAAGUUCAGCUUCAAAUAAUGUAACAGUCCAACGUAGGUAA